GGAAGAGACGUUACUUGGACCGUAUCAAUAAUGAGAUGAUUUCCUGAUUGAAAGGGCGUCUUUUAAACAGGUACGACUGAGCAACAUGUAUACGGUUCAGUGGCAGAUGUGCUGAAACAAACCUUGGCAAGCUCUGUGUGGGAAGAACAAAACAACUGAAGGAGGAAUUCUUUUAGAGUGUUUUUGUGCCUCCUUCAGAUAGGAAAAGAACAAGAUGAUCUUUAAACAGCAGAACAAUAACUAAACAUGUCAAACAGUAAAACACACUUGACAUAUCUACUAGGCAGUGAAAAAGAGAAGUGCUAAAUGUAGAUUCUUGUACAUUGUAUGUGACUGGUGAAAAACAUUGUGUGAACCAAUGUCCAGUAGAUAGCCUAAAAGGAACUUUCAAAGUGUUGAGGGCAGUUCUGCUGAGAGAUUUUCCAAACUGCUUUUCUGGUGGGAUGAGGUUUCCAGUGAAUUGAGUGACUGACAAAGUCUGAGGCUAUAUUUGGACAGGCUGCUUCCUAGAGGGAUGGCUAGCUGUGACACAGAGUCAGACAGCCUGGACAGUACCUGCUGUGGAGGGCGGUCUGGCCUGGGCAUUUCCUUAGAGAAGGGGGAGAGUAUGGGGAAUUCCAGUGUGGGGACCUCUUACCACCAGACCCCCGACAUAGAGGCGCACGCGCAGGGCUACGAUGUGGAGUUCGACCCCCCUCUGGAGAGCAAGUACGAGUGUCCCAUCUGUCUGAUGGCUCUGAGGGCGGCUGUGCAGACUCCCUGCGGACACAGAUUCUGUAAGGGCUGCAUUGAGAAAUCCCUCAGGGAUGCAGGACAGAAGUGCCCAGUGGACAAUGAGAUUCUGCUGGAGAACCAGCUGUUUCCUGAUAAUUUUGCCAAGCGAGAGAUCCUGUCCCUCACUGUGUGCUGCCCCAAUGAGGGCUGCAUGCACAAGAUGGAGUUGCGCCACCUAGAGACGCACGUGUCUCAGUGUGUCUUUGCCACUGUGGAGUGUCCGCUGUGCCACACUGCUGUGUGGAGGAGCCAGCAGGAGGAGCAUAUGAAGCAGGAGUGCCCACGCCGAGUGACCAGCUGCCAGAACUGUGCCUCCUGCAUCGUGUUCGAGGAGCUCCAGUACCAUGACCAGGAGUGCCCCCUAGCGAUUGUGGUGUGUGACUACUGCAGCACGGAGCUCACUCGGGAGCAGCUGCAGUAUCACUGUGAAAUGGACUGUCCUCAGGCCCCUGUCGCCUGUACCUUCAGCUCCUUCGGCUGUCCUGAGAAGAUGCAGCGAAACAAACUGGCGCAGCACAUGCAGGAUUACACGCAGAUGCACUUACGUUUGAUGGCACAGUUCCUGCUCGGUAACCGCAUGCCGACUCAUCUUCCAGAGAGCUCUGAUCUCCACUUCGCCCCGUCCCCCUCUGCCGGGCCCAUCCCCCUGCCUCUCUCCCUGGCUGGGGCUGCUGCUACAGCCCCCUCUCUCCAGUGCCAGUGCUCUGCAGCUCUGCAGGACCAGCGUGAGACUCUGCAGCAGCUGGAGGCCCGUCUAGUUCGGCAGGACCACCAGAUCCGGGAGCUGCUGGCUAUCAAGGAGACUGAGAGCGUGCAGGUGGGUACUCUGAAGAGGCAGGUUCGCACACUGGAGGAGACGGUGAACGAGCUGGAGGCGCAGCAGUGUAAUGGCAUCUAUGUGUGGAAGCUGGAGAACUUCUCCAGCUACCUGAGCAGCCAGGUGGCCGAGCAGCCUGUGGUCAUCCACAGCCCCGGCUUCUACACGGGCCGGCCCGGCUACAAGCUCUGCCUUCGACUCCAUCUGCAGACUCCAAGUGCUCCACGCUGCGCCAACUUCAUCUCCCUGUUCGUGCACACCAUGCAGGGCAAGUAUGACGGCCAGCUACCCUGGCCCUUCCAGGGAACCAUCCGCCUCUCCAUCCUGGACCAGACUGAAGGUGUUGUCCAGCAGAACCACGAGGAGGUGAUGGAUACUAAGCCGGACCUCCUGGCCUUCCAGCGCCCCACUGCCCAACGCAACCCCAAGGGAUUCGGCUAUGUCACCUUUAUGCACCUGCAGAACCUGCAGAAGAGGGAGUACGUGCGGAACGAUGCACUGCUGGUGCGCUGCGAGGUCACCCCGCGCCUCGAUGUGAGCAGCAUUCGCAGGGAGGGGUUUCAGCCCAGGGGCACAGAGCCCCCCAUUUAACAUGGAGGUUCAGCAGGGGGUGAUACUGAGUCACUGGUGUUUCAGCAAUAUUAUAGACAAGAAGCAACAUUACAUAAUGCCAAUAUGGUGCUGAUUCGAUGUGACGAAUACUCAAGGUCAAACAUUAUGCAGUCUUAUCAUGGAGGUUAUGUAUCGUAAUUGGAAACAUCAAUCAUAUAAAUUUGCUUACCUAUUUCCUUUUAAAAUAUAUAUUGAUGUGCUACAUCCAGCCCAGGAUACAGCAAAGAUACUGAUGUUUUUUUGUAAACACUGCAGGGUGUUCUUUGGGUCAAUUACGGCGUUUCAUUUGUGGUUCAGAAGCAUGCCAAAGAACUGAACUAAAUGAGUUCCAACUGCAGCAUGCUAAUACGAAGAUCUAGGAAAUGAGUUUAGCCAAUAUAAACAAGUGGAACAAAUCAGACUGAUCAUAGGAAUCAAUCCAUAGACCGGUAUAUACAAAAUAAACCAGUGUCUUACACUAUUUUAAGAAACAUUUCCCAUGCCUUGUAGUGCGCGUGUAUUUUCUUAAAAUAUCUAUAGACACAACAGCGUAUUGUUAAAUGUUUAAAAAGGGAAAAAAAUAAAAUAAAAGGGAGCAAAGCUACUUUAUUACAGUUGAAACAAUAUUCAGAUACUCUUAACACUGCAGCCUCUUAAGAGACACAAGGACUGAAAUAAAGUUUUAAAUAAAAUAGACUGCAGCUUGCACAGUAUAAUGUUAUGUAUUAAAGGAUGGAAAAGCAGAGUUAAGCAAUGUGCACAGAGGUGGAUACUAAAGCAGAGUAAAAACAAUAACAAUUAAACACAGCAAAUACAUUGGAAAAUAAAUGUUCAUUAACAUGCAAAAUAGCCGAUUCAAAUACAUCACUAGUUGUGUGCCUAGUUGAAGUACUGCAAUACAGACCCUUGGCUGAUUGUCAUUGUGGAUUCAAUCUGACUGACAGAUGCAGUGUACACCUGGGGUACAUGGGUUUGUUUAUUUCAGUGCAAUUUCGCUGCCCCUCAGUCCUUAUCUGAUCACCCUGUCAUUCAGUCCAGGACACCUCAUUCUAAACUGGCAAUUCUUGGAUGUGGGCAAGAAACUAAUUUCACCUUAGUGAGAGUCAAACCCAGCUUGCUCGGAUGAAGUAAACAUUGUGCACUCUGACCUGCACUUGCUGGGAGGACGAUGUUUUGGUGUCAUUUGUUACAUUUUCCUUCCGUGGCCAUUGUGAUUAUCAUGAAUCCCUGAAAGAGACUUGAUAACGUGACAAACAUAUUUCUGAGACCACCCCGUGGUCUUCAACAGUAUGGUUCCCAAUGUUUGAAAUACUAUUUUAUCUACGUAUUUCUUUAUGCCAGAAAAUAGCUGUAAACAAUAAAAUAUUUUUUUCUAAA